AUGAUUUCUAAAAAUGUGACGUGAACCUGCAUCCUGACGUUAAAUAAAUCCUGCAGUCCGUGAACGCAGCAGGGAUAAGCCACGCCCCUCCCGGUGACCGGCGGCAGUAGUGGUGCGUUCACGGACUUUUUCUUUGAGAGUUUGAAAAGUUGUCAACAGAGAAAGAAAAGACGGAGAAGAAAGAGGAGACGAAGCAGAGUCUGCGCGGCUUCACACGGACUGAGGAGGUGGAGGAGGAGGAGGAGGAGGAUGGGCUGCAGCCACAGUCAAGCGAAGAAGAAAAGCAAAGGCAAGAAAGGAGAGAAGAGCCAGAAAGACAAGAGCAGCCGAGAUGACGGAGGUAAAGGGGCGUCGGCAGAGCAGGCAGAUGUUUGUCUGGAGAAGCAGCUGGAACGCUUUGAGUGGCAGCUGAGGAUUUUAAAGGAGGUGCUCUCGGCCAAUGGGAACCCGGAGAGGGCGGAGCUUCUCAAAGACCACGCCGACGAAGACGUGUGCACCCUCGUCCUGGGCAUCCUCGACAAGGUGAAAACGGAGACGACGGCCGAUUUAAACGUUCUGCACCAACACAGAAGUCAGACUGUGACCGAGGAACACGAGAGACACGUGGACGAGCUGCAGAAGAAACACGAGCAGGAGAAAAGUCAGCUGACGCGAGAGUUUCACGCCGCUGAGGACGCACUCAAGGCUGAGGUGGACACUCUGACGACAGAAGUUCAGAUUUACAACGAGCUGAAAAGACGAGUGGAAGAAUCCACGUUUAAAAAAGACCUGCAGAGGAACAUACAGGCCCACGGCAGCCCAGGUGCAUUCUGGGAGUCUGAGCAGGAGUCUCUGCUGUUUGUCAUCGAGAUGAAGAACGAGAAAAUUCAGGAGCAGAAGAAGAAGCUGCUGCAGCUGGACCAGCUGGUGGACAGGACCUUGUCUCAGGAGGACCAGAUCGUUCAGGUCCUGCAGCAGAACGAGGAUCUGAGAGUCCGCUUCAACAACAGUCAGACGCUCGUUCAGCAGUUGUCCCGGGAGCUGCAGGACCUGAAGGUGGCGCUGGAGAGGCAGGUGUCGCUCAAUCACAAGCUGUCUCAGGAAAAAGAGCAGCUGAUGUUCAAACUGAGGCACAGGGACUCGUGUCCGACCAUCCACCUGCCCGCUGUGGCCCCGCGGUGACUCAGAGCUGUGUGUCCCUGCAGCCUGCUCUGGGACCAGGUUUUAAAGACUCUGAAUCAGGUUUAACCACUGAACACAGUCCUGGACUCACCGAGGCCUUCACACUGGACUGAGACACGCCUCACACUUUUAAAGGGACAGUUCAGGUUUGUGACGCGUGAGCGCCCCCUGCAGGAGACACAAGGUCACUGAGUCUACGUCACAUGACCACGUCACAUGACUCAGGUGGAUCAGAACCAGACUGUGUGUGUGUGUGUGUGUGAUGUUAAAAUCACUCUCUGGGCUUUGGUGCGGGAGCGUGAGCGGUUCACAAACGUCCGUUUCACAGUGACAUAAAGACGCGGUCAUGUGACGUAGAGACAGGAAUCACAACCACGCUGAAACAUCCUCAACUGUCCCUUUAAGACGAGGAGCGGUUAGCCCGCCCGCUAACUCUGGUUGAUUUGACGUUGACUGACCUUUAACGUGUGUUUACGCUAGUUUAAGCUCCGCCUUUCAGAAGCUUCACUGUUACUUUUCUGAAGAUGUGAACAAUCUUUUGUCCCGUGAACAGGAUUUUUCAGUGUUUUUCUCCUCAUGCACGAGCACUUUGACCUGUUGUCAGCUUCUCAACUUUUAUCUUUACAGUCGGACCAGUUUUUGGUUUUGCUUUUUUUUCAGCGUGGAAAAAAGGUCCGAUGUUUUGUUUUUGACUUUGAAUAAAAAUCUGUUACAAAAAUAAAGAAAAUAA